GUCUGGAUCUUCAAUAAAGAUGAUUUGAAAAUGUCUUGUGACAACCCAAAUUGUGAUACAUGGCUCAAACCUGUGCGGGAGUGUCAUCAUCCAAUGUGUGCAGAAACGGGCAAAUCUGUGUUCUGCAGAGUCUGUGAUAUACGCAUUCAUAAGCAAGAAGGGUACCAAGGGCACCUGGUUAUUGAUGUAUUCCCUUUCAGAGAUAGCUUCAAGAGUGAUUUUGAAACGGAACCCCAGUUCACAUGUGAUCUUAACAUAAGUGAUGAAGAACAAGUGGAAUUGGAAUUCCCAGAACCAGAACCAGAACCAGACUAUGUAGAAUAUGGACCAACACCAGAACCAGAACCAGAACCAGACUAUAGACGUAGUGAUGUGUCUGAAGAAAUUACCUCUCACUUUGUGAAACAUAAUGCAUCAGCACGGAUGUCUACUUUGUCAAAACGGCUGAAACGCAAAGAUGCUGUCAAAAGAAGACCCAGUAUGGAUGCUCAAAACCGAACCCGCAGUAAAAGUUUGUCAGCUAUGGAAAUCGGAAGCCAAAUACACAACAUGGAAUCUAAGCUGGCAGGCAUCCAUUUUCAGUCGUUUCAUACAGAACAGCAGCAACAGGUUUUUAUGCCUGAAUUUUUGCUGAAUGAAAUCCAGUUUUAUAUAGAAACUUCUCAAAGCCACCUGAAUUUAGUUGUGUUGAAAGGAAAAACCAUCCAAGACCUUUUGGCACCAAGACUAAAUGUAGAUGUAAAUUCUAUAGAUUUUUACCUUGAAGGUUCAAAUUCGGCAUUACCAUUGUACAGCUUAGCCAACCGAGUACGAGGCAAUCGAAUUUAUCUAAGAGAUAGAGAAAACCGGCCACUUGCAUUCAUUAAAGAGAAAGAGUCUAAAAAAUCCCCAUACAGUGGAUUAACAAAACAGAAGAAAGUAAAUAUAAAUAACCUAUCAAUUGAUGAGACACAACCUCCAAAACCUACAAUCAUGUUUGGUAAUAAAUUUAAGGACAAAGAUAAACUUGAGCAGAUGUAUGAUAUACUGAAACGUUAUGUCCAUAAGCUGCCAUCUGUGAGCUCUGAGGACGUUGUUGACUUGCCGCCAUCUCUUCUUGAGAAUAGCUGGAGAGACAUCGUGAGAAAUGCUUCUGAGCUUCCAAAAGAAAUCCGGAGUCAACAGGAAGUAAUAUGGGAGUUACUUAGCACAGAAAUUACAUACAUAGAAUCUCUUCAAGUGAUAACAACUCGAUUUAGAAGUUGCCUUCAAGCUGUACAAAAGGAACUGCCUGGUGUCAUGAAAGAGAUUGAAAUAGAAAAGUUGUUUAGUAAUAUUGUUGAAGUGUUUGCAGCCAACAGUAAAUUUUGGAAGGAGUACCUCUGUGAAUCUUUGAAAGUCUCUCGACAAACACAUGAACCAAUUAAUCCCAGUUUACUAAAGGAUGGCUUUACAAAGUUCCCAGAAUUAAUGAAACCUUACCAAAGGUUCUGCGCUGAUCAAAUACAUUGCCAGAACUAUAUUAAGGCCCAAUGUAAUAGCAAUGAAUAUUUCAAGAAUUUUGUAGUGUGGGCUGAAAGCAACACCAACUUGUGCAAACGGCUACGAUUGAUUGACAUUAUAAUUACACCAAUGCAACGCCUGACACGAUAUUCACUGUUGCUGCGUCGUAUCAAAGAGACGUCAGUAGAAGAAAAACAAAAAGAGGAUCUUGAAAAAAUGAUCCAGACAGUGGAGAAUUUUGUCAGUGAUGUGAAUCUCAUUGUUGGCGAAAAACGAGAAAGUGAUAAGUUAAAUGCAAUUGCUUCUCGGAUUGAAUCUUAUGAAGGUUGUGAAGCUCCCAAUGAAGAAUGUGUUAAGCUUUUGAAUCAUUACAAUCAAAAAUUUACCCUUACAUCACAAAUGCCAAAUUACCUUGCCAAACAAAGCCGCUGUUUGCUGCACCACUGUAGCAUGAAGUUUAAAGAUUCUACAGUCCGGCAGCAAGAUGUCGAAUGUUAUCUUUUCACUGACCUUCUGCUUAUAUGCAAAUUGAAAAAACUUAAUGAUCGUCUGAAAGUAUUGAAACCACCAAUUAGAGUUGAUCAAAUUAGCCUUGCAGAACUCAAAGACAAAGGAUCCAUAUUGGUGAUACAAACAAAUGAUUACAUUGUUCCUAUAAUGGCAUUCAUCCUCCAUGCUGAUUCUGCUUCUAUAAAAAACUUCAUCGAACAUAUUAACAAAGCAAAGCUCUUGUUUAAUGAAGCUAACCAACCUGUUCGACAUCAGCUAUACCAAACCAUAGGGGACAUUAAAACUUCUCCAAAAAUACAAUACCGAAGUUCAUUCCAGGAAGGAAAAUAUGAUAAAUUUACUGAUCCUUCUCCUUCCCCAAAGUUUCAUGAGAAAAGCCGACCAAACUCUUUCUCUUUUACCAAACAAAAGCUUCAGAACAGCACUUCUGAACAAACAAUGAUAAGCCCACUUAUUGUCUGUGAAAGUCCAUCUCCAGAAACACAAACAGGUUCUUCUCUUCUGCUGCCAACCUCAGAAAUGAAGACAAGCCAUUCAAUGCCAUCUUGUGCUAGUUCUGACUGGCUUUCACGAGGAGUUGCAGAAGAGACAAAAUGUAAAUCAGAAAGAAAACGCAAGACUGAAAAACGGUACAAUACUGCUGAUUCUAUCCAAGAACUUAAAAGAAAAGAACAUCCUGAUAAUACUAUUCAUAAAAGAUUCUCAUGGAACUCAGGUUCAACUCAUAAAGAGAAUCGACAAAGUCUCUACAAACAUGUAAGUUCAGACAGUAUCCGCAGUUCAAGCGGAGUGAGUUCAACUUGCUCUUCUCAUUUGAGUCCUGAUCAUGAAAACAAUGAAAAUGAAGAAGAAACAACUCCAGUAAAUGUUCCAGAAGAACCAUUGCUGACUGAACCAAAUGAGAACUAUUUAACUCUUAACACAGAAAACAAGAGUCUAUCAAAGUCUAUGCCUGAUAUAGCUGCUCUUCUACAUGAUGUGUGUCCAAGUGAAAUGAAAGAUGGUAUUUCCUCUGUAGAUAUCACAGGUCUUGAUGUGAACUACGAAGGCUUAAACCAUACGCAGGUUCUGGUUAUUAAAAAAUACCUCCUAUUGAACAGCAAUAAUGAAUCGGAAGUGUGACAUUGACUUUGAGAUAACAAGUUAUAAAUGGUAAACCAACCAGAAGAUAAUGAGACCAGUCACUGAUAUUUUCUUUCAGUCACCUUCAGAUCUCUACAUUUUUUGACACAAAACAUCUUUGACUGCUUCAGUUGCUUUCCUUCAGUGGCAUUCACCACUACUCUAAGGCAGCCACCAAAGCUCCAACUCCUCAUUGAGUUAGUUACUACAUUGGAGGCAGCCACUAUCACCACCACUUCCUUUCCUCAUUGAAGCAGUUACUAAACAGAGGCAGCCACUGCCACCACCAUCAUCACUGCACUUUAUUGAAGCAUUUACAUACUCAUGGGGGCAACUGUACACUCAUGAAGGCAGUCCUCAACUUAUACUCUCUUUGUCUCUUGUUCUUGAGUCUCAAAUAUAUUCUACAUUAAGUUUUUCGAUUGAGUUAACGUAUCUCUGAAAACCAAGAGAUUCUUUGUUAAAUUACUCAUUAUCUAAACUGUAAGUUUGCUUAUGUAUGCAUGUAUGUAUUUAUUAUCGUGAAUUACUCUCCAGUUAGACCAGUGACUAGCAGAAAACCAGGAAACAAGUCACAAUUCCCAUCAUGUGUUUCAACAGUUCCACAUAAUUUGUGUGUUAAAAAAAAAUACUCAAAAAACAUCACCAAUGCAAAGUUAUUCUGAAGAACACACAUAUUUGGCAGAAAAUGGUAUUCUUUUAAUCCAGACAGUAUAUUUAUUCGGUGAAACAGUUGUAAAGCAACAUAGGAAGAGUGGAUAUCUUUGAACAACUGGUAUCCCAAACUUCUGUGUCAUACCAUGUCAUUUACCAUCCAUGAUGUUGUGGAAGAUAAAGUUAGUACCCUUAUUCUGAAGCUGUUAACCAAUCACAUUCAUACAAACCGUUAUGACUCAUUAAGUAUCUUCAAAAUACCAUGACUUUUUGUUUUCUUUAUUUUUUGAUUUUAAUAUUAUUAUAAAUUGGUCCAGUACCAAGCUUGUUUCACUUUAUUUCUAUUACUAGAAAUAUCAAAUGUGGAAGUCUGUAGGGUUUCCACCAGCCAAACCCACAAUGAUAUCCUAGUUUUUAAUUCCUACUACCCAAAAUAUAUAUCAUUUGUACAAACAAUAAUCCAGUUAUAUAACAACAUGUUUAAAGUGAAUUACAACUGUAUGUUUACAUUUAAAGUAAGCAGUAUGUUUGAAACUGAUUAAGUUAUAUAUUUAGUUCUAAUUCCAUAACUAUACUAACCUCUUUAGACAUACUACCUGCUAAUAGUUACAGUAUCAUUUAUACCUAUACUAUCUUUUUGAUAUAUAUAUUAUGCUAUCGUCACUUAUUGUAUCUCCCAGUACUAUAUUCUAUAGUGAUUCUAUCAAUUUUAACUGUACUAUAUUUUAUAAUUUCAGCUAUAAGCUAUGUUAUCGUCUAACACUACACUUAAUGUGGUAACAGCCAUUUAUUGGUUGUAAAAUUAAUUCAUUGAAUCACUCAUAUGUCUUAAGUUCAAAAUUAAGUUUUGACUUUACCUAGUAAAAGCAAAAUAGUUGAGUGGGUAAGACAGACUACUGGCCCAUCAAACAUGAGUUCAGAUCCACUGUAGCUAUUUCAAUGUAUUUCUGGGAUAAGAUACUUUAUUCAUGUGUACAUACCUCCGGUUACCACACUGAAUAUUAAAUAUCUAGAUUUCCAGAAAACAUUUCUUGUGAUAGACUGUAAUCUUUUCCAGGAGAAUUUUUUUUAGUUCAGCUUACAUAUAUUAUAGUUAAUCACUAACCCUGGUUGUUGUUGUUGUUGUAACACCCAUACUAGCCCUGGUUGAUCUCAGUAUGAAAGAAUUAAAACAUAUCUAUUUACAUUACAAAGUUUGAGCUUUGGAGAUAGAAAUAUUGUGAAUUUGUAUCCCAUUUCUGGUGUUGUAACAUGCAAUGGGUAUGACACCAGAUUUAUGUAACAUGCAAUGGGUUAAGACACAAAACUUCUCUUUCAGUGGUUUUAUGAUAUGUCAUGAGUAAGAUAUCAAUUUUACGUUCCAUUUCCUAUGUUGUAAUAUGUCUGGGUAAAACACAAUUUAUAUUCCCCCUCUGAGGCAAUUCCUUGAGUAAAGCAUUGUAUUCUUCCUGCUCCAAUUACUAAGCAAUGAAGAAGUGAGAACUUUGGUUGGUAGUGUUCAUAAUUUACCUCUUGGUCUUCAGUGGACAAAAUGCUUAACCUAUUUAAAAAGAAGAUAGGCAUUGUAUCAUUGUAAUAAUAGCUGUUGAAGUAUUCCAAUAACCUUCUUGAUUUAAGAGGACCAAUAAUCUGACUUUUACUUUAUAUACAUAUUUUUUAAUCUGUUCAAAAUAUAAAGUACAUUGAUAUUAAAAUAGACAUCAGCAUGAAUUAUAAAAUUAUUGUUCGGGGAGGGUAAGAAAAAUCCGGUAACACAGGUGAUAUAAUGUCACAGAUAAAGGUGUUUAUUGCAGAGAUUGAACUCUUGAUUUUCAGCCAAUAUCCCUGCACCUUAGAUACUUUUUGUCAAAGGAAGAAUGGCAUAGACAGAAUCUUUUCUUUUUUGCUUUUUUAGUACCUUCAAAACUGAUUUGAGGAAGGGAAGAAAACCAGACACCUGCCCAAAUGUUUACAACAGAGUAAACUCCAUUAAAGUUACUCAAGAGUCAGGUAUGGGUAUCAAACUGAGUGACUGAUUGAGUAUGUCAACCCAGAACAAGGACAAUACUUCUGAUGAGUGUCCAUAUAGUUUCCAUCUACCAUUUUUAUUCACAAUGUUUUAGUUGACUCAUGGCCAUAAUGAAAGACAUUUGAUUAAAUGUAAAGCUAAUAUCUAUUUGAAACCUAGAACAAUCAAGUAAUGACACUAAAUUACUGGUAUCUAUUCUGGAGGUCAAUUACCGGUAUCUAUUCUCAGAGGUCAUAGGCAUGGCUGUCUGACUAAGAAGUUUGCUUUCCAGCCUUGUGGUUUUGAGUUCAGUCUCACUGCAUCCCACUGCAUGGCACUUUAUGCAAUAUAGGCCCAGACUUGAUCAAAGCCUCAUCAGUGGAUUUGGUUGAUGGAAACUGAAAGAAACCUAUUGUAUGUAUGCGUGUGUGUGUUUGCUCAUCAUUGUGUCCUUCGUUUCCAGGCUUUUGUGAAAAUCCAUGGGGGAAUAUUACAUUGCUUCAAAACAGGCAAUGGUCAGCAACAGGAAGGUCAUCCAGCCAUAGAAAAUUUGCCCAAACAAAUUUCAUUUGACCCUGGAAAAGUGGGCAUUAAAUCAAUGAUGAUAAUGAAAGAAAGGAAAAUCAAAAUCUAGUGAUUUACUAUCACCAUAACAUAAAGGUAUAACACUCACAUAUAUAGCCAUGUGGAGGUCUCUGUACAGUCAUUCAACUUGCUGGAAAUCUCCUUCGGAAUAAACCAUAUUUUUUAGAUACAUUGGAUAAUGUAGUCUGGAUACAUUGUGUCUAAAAAAAAAAGAUUGGAUGAUCAUUAUUGGACUGUUUUUGGUUAUAGUUUUGCUUGAUCAAAGCCGACCUAAAGAUAACAGCAACUACAAUGUCCUUAAGCUAGCAUGGAAACUUCUCUGUCGUACAUUGACCUCUAAGAAAUAACAACCAAAUCACCCUCAAAAUUCCCCCUCCCCUCACUUCCAUCAUAGAUUUGUCCAUUUUGAGAUGACAUGAGAUUAUUCAACCACAAUACCUUCUGCAACAUGGGAGCAGAUUUGUGCUGUUUUUCAUCAAUUUAGAUUUGAAAGGUCACUGUGUUUUAAAGAUUAGUUUUUGUAACACCAAUUUGUACUUUUACUUUAACAAUGAUAUAUUUUAUUGUCUGCGGUUUACACAUACACACAUACCCAGAUAGAGUAGUAUGUUCUGAAUUUGAUAAAGCAUUAUAUGACACCAGGUCUAUUAGCCAAUAGUCUAGUCUCCUUAUAAUUCAAUUAUUCUCAAGAAUGUCGCAAGUACUGUCCUUCUUCUUCUGAUUGAGUCAUAAAAGACAAUUUUAUUGCCUCAUAAGGAAUUUUAGGAUGGUUUUUUUUUUUAGGAAGUACCUAUGCGAGAAGUCAUGCUAACAAAGACACAGUAAGAAGUGUUAAGAUUAGAUCUAAGGAUAGUAGGAUCCACUGUUAUAUGUAUAAUGAAAUGACUAUGACAGUUUCAAAUGAUUAAUGCCUAUUGUUAUACUAAAACUUAUCUAUGGCAGAAUUGUUUCAACAUUGCAUAAAAUACUGUAUUAGUUAUGGCACUUUAUAUUCUGAGUUCAAAUCUAGUUUAUCAACUUUCCUAGGUUGAUUAAAUAAGAACUUAUCAAGUACAUGUAGGACCCCUGUUGGUUAAUAUUGGCCAUAUGUCUGGACAUAUAUGUGAAGAAUAUUUUGAAGAAGACUGGCAGUUACCUAGGCAUGCAAGUUUUCUCUCCUUUCUACUAAUGUUUAUCCACCAACUUAGGUCACUACAGCUUGGCCCCAGUUUCCUCACUGAUAUUAGCCUCAGAAUGCAAAGACACUAUGAGGCAUCUCACAUGACCUUCUAAUAGUUUUAGUUUGGCUAGGUAGUUAGAGCGUUCGGCUCAUGAUCAUAAGGUUGUGAGUUCAGUUGCUGGCAGUGUGUUGUGUCCCUUACCAAGAGACUUUAUCUUGUGUCGUUCCAGUGCAAUUAGCUGGCAAAAAUGAGUUGUACCUGUAAUUCAAAGGGCCAGCCUUGUCAUAUUCUGUGUCACACUGAAUCUCCCUGAGAACUACAUAUAGGGCACACAUGUCUGGGGAGUGCUCAGCCACUUGAAUGUUAAUUUCACAAGCAGGUUGUUCCAUUGAUCAAAUCAACUGGAACACUCAUCAUCAUAACUGACAGAGUGCCAAUAAUAGUGCUAGUAAUUCACCAUCCUGGUAAUUGUUUUAUCGACCGUAAAAGGACGGAAGACAAGGUCAACUUUGGUGGGAUUUGAACUCAGCAUACAAAGAAUUGAAACAAAUAUUGUUGAGCAUUCUAUCCAACACUUUAACAACUCCACCAAUUUAGCCUUUAAUCAAGUGAUAAGGGCGAUUUAACAGUGGUUAAAACUAGCAAAAGAAAAAUCUGUACAAGCCUUCAUAAACUAAAGAAAAGUCUAACUGGGAGGAUUUAGCGUGUUUGAAUGUUCAAUGUGAAUUACAAGGGGUUAGUAGCAGGAAAGAAAGCUAGACUAAAUUCUUUCCUCAGAAAAGAAAAAAAAAACUUUUCUCAUCAAUCAUUCUUACUCCCUAGUUCUUAUCAAAAAGGGAACAACCAUAAAUAUCAACCUGUGUCCCCUACAUUGACAUCCUCUUCCAGCAUUUACCACCAUCACCAACCUUGUAUAUUUUCUAAACAUGGGAUUAUCUAUUUCCACAGCAAAUUAUGUAUAUGUCAAAGAUUAGCUCUUUUUUAAAAAAAAAUUUUUUUUAAUUCCAAAUAAUACAAAAUAUCAGAUUCAGUGAAUAAAUAAAUGUACCUUCUUACUAUGCACACACACACACACACCCAUUUGUAAGAAUGUAUUAUUCAUCCCUCUAUCAUCAUCUGGUUGAGCUUGCUCAGACAUUUUUAACCUGUGAACACCAUCCUUUUCGGUCCUGUAGUCUUAUACAUAUCUUGGAGAAUUCAUCCCACCAAGAAAGAGUCAUAUGGAGAUCUCCCACCUGUGUCAACCAUUGUAAGGGAAAGGUGCUUAUGCUUUGCAAGACAUUGCUAGCAAGUUAAACAAGGGCUAUGAAUGCCAAUGCAUGGCUGUACUCAAACAGGUUGUCCUCCAUUAUAUGCGAAAUAAAUUCAUUCCGUCAUCACUAACAAAUUAAAAGUGCCUACUGCUAUUUUCUGUUUGUUUUUUUAUUUGCAAAUCUUUCGCACUUCUUCCUUACAUAAUCUUCUAAUCACAGAAUUAAAUUUGCAGCUGACUAGGUUAACAGGGUGUCGGUUUAUCAUUUGAAGUGUUGUCAGAUCACAUCCAUUCACCAAUGCUGCAUCGUGUUCAUCCAUACUAAACACAUUUAAUCUGCAAUAGUCCUGUCUACUUAGCUGUAAAUAGUUACUGUGAGGAAUAAGUGCUGCUUAUUCCUGUAUUGAAGACAAAAUGAACACUGCAUAUAUAAUAUAUAUAUGUAUAUGUAUGUAUGUAUAUAUGUGUCAAGCCUAACUGUGUUUAUCUGCAUCUUGGAUCUCUCUUAUAGCCACUCUUGAUGUUAAGAACCUAACACUAGAUGAAAAAUUUAGUGUUUAAGUUCAAAUUCAUUUGAGCUCUGCUAAGUGUUUUUUAUACAGAACAUAUCUAGCUCUCACCUACUGCCCAUGUAUAUAUAGAUAUAUGUGUGUGUGUGUGUAUAAUACGUGUGUUUUGUAAACUUACAGUAUCAAGGUGAAGAACUACCAUGGGUGUCAUUGAUGAUGGAGGUGUCCGCACUAUGGUUAUAUCAACCAAUUUUAUUAUGACACAGACUAAAGAAAAUAAUACAAAAUCAUUUCAAAACGAAUGUUUUAGAAAAGUGAUUCAGACUCCAAGCUAGAUGUUCUCUUCCAUCAGUAUUGUUGUUAUCUAGUUCUGAGAUAAUCAAGAACAAAGCAAAAUAUGUAAAAUUUUAACUCUUUUCUGAUUAUUUUUCUAUCAAAAUAACUGCCUGUUUUAAUUAAUAUUUUUUUUUUAAUCAAUGAAUUAUUUGGAGAAAUUUAGUUUAGUAACUUUUUGUUUUUUCAUUAAUUAAGCUUGUAUAUUAUAACAUAACAAAAAUGUCUCUACAUAAAACAAUGAUGGAAGGUUUUAAUUAAAAUAUGAACACUUUAAAACCGGUGGAUUUUUUUCUAUUUAAAGAGUUUGAGGCAGUCUCGGACUGGUUGACAUCAAGAGUUAAUCUUUUGUUGUAUGGGUUGACAUCAUUUUGGAAUAUCAAACAUAUAUACUUCCAAUUCUAUGUUACAUGAAUACAGUUGGAUAUCUCCACAUAUACAACAACAUACUGGAUCCUUGUCUCGUUGAGAUUGAAUAGGAAAGAAGCAAAUAAUGGCGAUGGUGUUGGUGGCGGCAGUGGUGGUGUUAUGCCAGCUCUGAAACAAGUGUUGAAGUCUUCUAUCAAAUAUUCCCACAGUACAGUGUACAGUAAUAACUUCUAUUUUUGUAGUCACUUUGUACAGUUCUGGUGUAAUUAAAAAUAUCUUCUACCUUGAA